AUGGCUGGAGAACUAGUGAACGCCUAUGAGGUGAUAAGCGAUGAGCAUGGCAUCGACCCCACCGGCAGUUACCACGGUGACAGUGACUUGCAGCUGGAGAGAAUCAAUGUGUACUACAAUGAAGCUGCUGGCAACAAAUACGUACCCCGGGCCAUCCUGGUGGACCUGGAGCCGGGCACCAUGGAUUCAGUGAGGUCAGGACCCUUCGGCCAGAUCUUCAGACCAGACAACUUUGUGUUCGAGGCAGCUCCUUUCCCUCAAGUUGAUUCUUUUGUUUGAGAAAGUCUCUUACACCCCAGGAUGACCCUCUUGCCCUACCCAUCCAGAACCUGGAAACAACCUAGAUGCCCUUCAAUGGAAGAAUGGAUGA